AUGGCUUCACCAGUCAUUUCUGCAGUCUAUCAUAUCACAUCUUUUGUGUGGUACCUUCUUCUCAUUUACUUGCUUCUUAACACUCGGUAUGACCAUGCACCUGCAGGAGUGUUCAUAUAUGCUGGCCAGUGGAAAUAUCUUACAUUCCUAAAUUUAUUUCUGCAGAUGAUUUUCAAUGGGUUCUGCAUCCUUGCAGACAUACAGAAACGAGCAGCCUGGAUCCUGUCACUAAGAGACUUUUUCUUCUCAGUCCUGGUUUUCCCUGUUAGUACUUUCGUUGUCACCGCCUUUUGGCUUUUAUUCACAUUUGACAGAGCAUUGGUAUAUCCUGAAGACCUUGACAAGUUCAUUCCUUUAUGGGUAAAUCAUGCUGUGCACACUAUUGUACUGCCGCUGGUUCUGCUGGAGCUGUUCAUCACACCACACCAAUAUCCAAAACGAAGAACUGGGCUUCUCAUCCUAGGAUUUGCUUCCAUUUCUUACCUGCUUUGGGUUCUGUGGAUAUACUAUGCCGCUGGAGCCUGGGUCUAUCCCUUGCUAGGCCUUUUUAAUCAAUCAGGCCUGGUGUUAUUUUUCUCAGUGAGUCUUUUGUUGGUCAUGCUUCUGUAUCUCCUGGGAGAACAUCUUACCUUGUUAGUGUGGGGUAAGUAA